CGGAGCGGACGGACGCUGGGACGCGCGCGGUUAAGCGGCGCGGGGACGCGGGGCGCAGGGCGCAGGGCUAGGGGCGCAGGCUCCGAGGCCGCAGGAGCGCGCGGAGCGGCGAUGAGCAGGCGGCCGGUGGCCCGCGGGGCGCGGAGCUGGUGACAGCCUCGGCCAGGCGGGCGCUGCGAUGGAGGCCGAGGGCCUGGACUGGCUUCUGGUGCCACUGCACCAGUUGGUGUCCUGGGGCGCGGCCGCGGCCAUGGUCUUCGGAGGGGUGGUGCCCUACGUCCCGCAGUACCGGGACAUCCGCAGGACGCAGAACGCCGACGGGUUCUCCACCUACGUGUGCCUGGUGCUGCUGGUGGCCAACAUUUUGCGGAUACUCUUCUGGUUUGGAAGGCGCUUUGAGUCCCCACUGCUGUGGCAGAGCGCCAUCAUGAUCCUGACCAUGCUGCUGAUGCUGAAGCUGUGCACCGAGGUCCGUGUGGCCAACGAGCUCAACGCCAGGCGCCGCUCCUUUGCAGCUGCAGAUAGCAAGGAUGAAGAAGUCAAGGUCGCCCCCAGGCGGUCCUUCCUGGACUUCAACCCCCACCACUUCUGGCAGUGGAACAGCUUCUCGGACUAUGUGCAGUGCGUCCUGGCCUUCACGGGCGUGGCAGGCUACAUCACCUACCUGUCCAUUGACUCCACCCUGUUUGUGGAGACCCUGGGCUUCCUGGCCGUGCUGACUGAAGCCAUGCUGGGCGUGCCGCAGCUUUACCGCAACCACCGCCACCAGUCCACGGAGGGCAUGAGCAUCAAGAUGGUGCUCAUGUGGACCAGUGGCGACGCCUUCAAGACGGCCUACUUCCUGCUGAAGGGCGCACCUCUGCAGUUCUCCGUGUGCGGCCUGCUCCAGGUGCUGGUGGACCUGGCCAUCCUGGGGCAGGCCUACGCCUUUGCCCGCCACCCCCAGAAGCCGGCGCUGCACGCUGUGCACCCUGCUGGCACCAAGGCCCUCUGAGAGUGGGGAGGACAAGGAUGUGGGCCAGCCAGCCACAGGCACUGGUGGGUGCUGCGGCCGCUGCAGGUGUGGGGAAGACGGGGUCCGGGUGUUGGGGUCUCCAGCCUCUGUGGGGUCUCUCCGGGUGGGCGGUGGGGGUGGGACAGCCAGGGUGGAUCUGAGCCCGAGGGUUUCCGAUGUUUUUAGGGUGAUAUAAAAAGCAAGUGUUUUUCCC